AGGGGAGGAGGAAGGCACCACUUGCAGGAGCCGGAAAGGGGGAGGGCAAGAGAAAGGUGCUGCUGCUGCUAUCGCUGAGGAGGAGGAAAAAAAAAAAAAAAAAAAAAAGACAAUGGAGCCUGUGUGCGGCUGCGGGAGAUUACGGCUGCCGCCGAGCGGCCCGCACUGCCGGCUGUGAGGAGAAGAGCGGGGAAGACCCCGAAGAGGAUCGUCACAUUUCAUCUUCUCCCCCCUCCCCCCACCAACACCACACACACUGCCCCGGAUCACCCACAACCUACACCCCCCCCCCCGCGCGGGAGAUCGACUCGUCCUGCUGCUGCUACUGCCGGUAAUUGAGCUUCCGUUGCAAGGGUCCUCACUGACUAUCCACCGGGAUGAGUACUGCUGUGUCGUGACCCCAGGGGCCCUGUGUGCCCUGGCGAUGCACAGCGUUCCCUCUACAGCGAGUGCCACAUGUCCGAAGAAUGCUGGAACUGCAGGAGGGGAGAGCCCACUUCAACAAGAGAGAGAGAAACAAAAAGGAGAAAGACGAGCAAAAGGACAACACUGACAAAAGCACUUCACAAAAAACUCUACAGAGCCACCUGAAAACCCCCAGCCCUCCCAAGAACCUGGCAAGCCCCACUGCUUCUGUGACUGUGAGCUCCGGAUCUCUGUCAAUGCAUUCCAGUAACCCCAAAGUGCGAAACUCCCCAUCAGGAAAUACAGGAAAUACACAGAGCAGUCCAAAAUCCAAGCCAGAGGUUAUGGUCCACCCUCCUACCGUGAUGUCUCCAUCUGGCAACCCCCAGCUGGACGCGAAAUUCUCCAGCCAGGGAAAACAGCCGAGCUCCACCAGCCAGUCGCAAGCGUCUCCUUGUGACCCAAAGAGCGGCAACCACACCCCCAAACCGCUGCAAGGUCCUGGGGGCAGCAUGGGACUUAAGAACGGGGCCGGGAAUGGAGCCAAAGGGAAAGGCAAAAGGGAAAGGAGCAUCUCUGCGGAAUCGUUUGACCAGAGAGACCCAGGAACUCCCACUACAGACUCCGAAAUUAAAGACUGCAACACUACAGAUCCAGUGAUGCCCUUGGAAUCCCACGCUCCACACAACAUGACCCCUUCCAAUACCUCCGUCCCCAGGUCUUCCACUCCUUCCCAUGGGCCAACAAUGCUGGAAUCCGCACCUGGAAGGAAAACGCCAUCAAAAGUGGUCUACGUCUUUUCUACUGAAAUGGCCAAUAAAGCUGCAGAAGCGGUCAUGAAGGGACAGGCAGAAUCGAUUGUCCUCUUCCACAUACAGAGCACCUCAAACAGCAAAGCAGAGCGCACUUCAACUCCUACGAAUACUCCAAUCUCUACCAGUAUUCGGAACGAACCUAAAGCAAACCCACGGGCACCUACACCCCAGGAGCAGAACCAUUCACAGCCGGCCAAAGUGCAAUCCAACCCACCUGGCCCAGCACUGCCUUCCAAGCCUGCAGCUCCUCACUGUUCUAUUGGACAAGAAGGAGGCGCUGUGGAGAGCAAAGUCGCAGCCAGCAGCCCUGCCAACUCUAAUGUAUUACAGACUGAAGGAUGCGGGCAAAGCUUGACCCCCAACAACCAAGCUGCCAGUCCAGUGUCUCAAGGGAACGUUGCUCCUCCAGUAGAGACUAAAACGGAGACAAAAAAUCCCUCACAGCCGGUGCCUAGUGGGGAACAACCGCCUUUAGGCGAAAAUCCUGACGGACUAUCACAGGAACAGCUGGAGCAUCGAGAGAGGUCUUUACAAACCCUUAGAGAUAUCCAAAGGAUGCUUUUCCCUGAUGAAAAAGAGUUUGCCCUAAAAGAACUUGCAGCCCAAAAUGUUGGGCCUCAACAAAACUCUGGAAUGCUGGACAAUCCUCAGAAAAAGCUUGAAGGGCCAAUACAGGCAAUGAUGGCUCAAUCACAAAACUUAGGCAAAGGCCCAGGGCCAGGGCCCCAUCCUGACGGAGGAAUGCCAUUUGUCCCCCAAGGACAUAGGGACAUGCCUUUUUCACCAGAGGAUAUGGUACCUCCACCGAUGAAUCCUCAGCCUGGCCAAGAUCACCUUGACCACAUGACCCCGGAGCAGGUGGCAUGGCUGAAACUGCAGCAGGAGUUCUAUGAGGAGAAGCGUCGCAAACAGGAGCAAGCAGUGGUGCAACAGAGAUCCUUGCAGGACAUGAUGGUACACCAGCAUGGACCCAGAGGAAUGGUCAGGGGUCCCCCACCUCCUUACCAGAUGAACCCUGGGGAAGGCUGGGGUCCUGGCGGUCCAGAGCCUUACCCGGAUGGAAUGGGCAUGCCGCAUCCAAUGCCCCCGAAAGGCAUGCCCCCUCAUCCAAAUGUGCCUGGAAGCCAAAUGCAGCGAUUACCUGGUUUUGUUGGAAUGAUGAACCCCGAUAUGGACGGACCUAAUGUACCAAAUCCUGGAUCCAGACCUGGGCUUCCCGGUGUUAAUUGGCCAGAUGAGGUGCCAAAAAUUAACGAUGGACGUAAUUUUCCCCCUGGACAGAGCAUAUUUAGCGGCCCAGGGCGAGGGGAGCGCUUCCCCAACCCACAGAGUUUGCAAGAUGAGAUUUUUCAUCAGCACGUAUCGGAAAAGCAGCUUGGCAUGCCCCCUGGCAUGACUAUGGAGGGCAUAAGACCUGUCAUGGAAAUAAACAGAGUUAUGCCACCUCAAAGGAAUAUGGAGCCUGGGGGUGGUAUGUUCCCACGUAUGCCUGGAGAUGCAGCACUGAGCCCAUCAAGGAUGGAAUUCCAUAAAGGGAUGCCUCCUAACAUGGGCCCAAACCGAGAGGUAGAGUUUGGCAUGGGUCCGGGAAAUAUGAACAUGAAAGUUGACAUGAACCUUAAUGUCAACAUGAACUCUAACCAGCAUUUAAUGUCUCAAAAGUUGAGAGAUGUGAUGGGCCCUGAGGAAAUGAUUAGGAUGAGGCCUGGAAGUAAUGAAAUGCUUUCUAACCAGCAAAAAAUGCAUUCUUCACCCCUUGAACACUCCCAACAGGAGUAUAUUAUGGGCUCCAGACCUUAUCUCAAUAUGUCCCAGGUCCCUGGAGGAGUACUGAGGAACCCCAGAGAACAGAUGGGGCCUGAUCAAAGGACUAACAGCCGCCUCAGCCACAUGCCACCUCUACCUCUCAACCCAAACAAUAACCCGGGCAACCUCAAUGUUGCGCCGCCCGGUCAACGCGGCAUGGGCCGUAAGCCUUUGGAUAAUGUUUCCGUUUCUGGCGGUCAAGUGAACUCUCCUGGUGUGAAUCCUUUAAAAUCCCCAACAAUGCGCCAGGUCCAGUCUCCGAUGCUAGGCUCCCCUUCUGGUAACCUUAAAUCCCCUCAAACACCUUCUCAGUUAGCCGGGAUGUUGACAGGACCAACGGCAGCAGCUGCUGCUUCCAUUAAGUCCCCGCCCGUCAUGGGGUCUGCUGCUGCUUCCCCUGUCCACCUGAAGUCUCCGUCCUUACCUGUACCUUCCCCAGGUUGGACGUCUUCUCCUAAGCCUCCAAUGCAAAGUCCAGGAAUACCCCCAAACCAGCACAAACCGCCGCUUGGCAUCACAUCACCAGCGAUGAUGGGGAAUAUGGAAGCUGGUAGGACUAGUAUUCGUCGUGUUCUAGUUCCCUUAACAGCCGCAGAACAAAUGCAUGACUUGGGUGGCCCGACCUUCUACUGGCAGCUAAUAAACGGAGGCCCCCCUCCACCAGUCAGCCAAUCAGCGCCAAUAAAUCACCCUGGAAGUCUUCCCUCCAGCACUAGUUACACGAUGGCAUCUGAGCCCACCCUCUCCCAGAAUCCUCUCUCCAUUAUGAUGUCUAGGAUGUCAAAGUUUGCUAUGCCCAGCUCCACGCCUCUUUACCACGAUGCCAUCAAGACGGUGGCAAGUUCGGACGACGAUUCCCCUCCUGCCCGCUCACCCAACCUACCGUCUAUGAAUAACAUGCCAGGGAUGGGCAUGAAUUCCCAGAAUCCUUCGAAGAUGCAGGGACCUCACGGCGGUGUUUCCAUGCCAACACUAAGUCCCAUGGGCAUGACGCAACCCCUCUCGCACGGUGGCCAGAUGCCCUCUCCGAACGCCAUGCCACCCAAUCACGGAGGUCCAAUGGGUGGUGGGAUGAUGCCACACAACGCUAUGAUGGGUCACGGCCCCCAAGAUUCUCCCAUGGUGCCUCAGGGACGCAUGGCUUUUGCCCAAGGCUUUCCUCCAGUCCAGUCGCCUCCUCAAGUUCCUUUUCCACACAACGGCCCUAACGGAGGCCAAGGAAACUUUCCGCCCGGGAUGGGCUUUCCAGGAGAUGGACAUUUAGGUCGUCCUGGCAACCUUCCGCCAAAUGCAGACCCAGCACUUUGUAAGUCGGGUUGCCCCGGAGGACCAGAUUCCUUUGUAAUGGGAAAUAAUAUGUCUUCAGUUUUCACAGACCCAGACCUACAGGAAGUUAUCAGACCAGGGGCCUCUGGUAUUCCAGAGUUUGACCUAUCAAGGAUUAUUCCAUCUGAGAAACCCAGUCAAACACUGCAGUAUUUCCCUCGUGGGGAAGUCCCGGGCAGAAAGCCGCAACAAGGACCUGGUUUUUCACACUUGCCUGGCAUGAUGGGAGAGCCAAACCCAAGGAUGGGUCUUCCAAUGGGUGGCAUGGGAGGUCAUGGCCCAGUGGACAUGCCUGGCCACAAUUCUAUGAGGCCUCCAGGUUUUAUUCAGCAAAGCAUGCUUGGACCUCACCAUCGCAUGAUGUCACCAGCACAAUCAGGAAUGCCUGGCCAACUAACUAUGAUGGGGAAUCCGGGAGGGGUGGGGAUGAUGGCGGGAAAGGAGAGAAUGCCCGGAGUACUAUAUGGUCACCCAGGAUCUCCGAACAUGUUGAUGUCAAUGCAGGGGAUGAUGGGACCUCAACAAAACCUCAUGAUUCCCCCUCAAAUGCGCCCACGAGGAAUGCCUACUGAUGUUGGGAUGGGUGGUUUUGGCCAAGGUCCUGGCAAUCCGGGGAAUAUGAUGUUUUAAGCUGCUACAGACUUGUUAAAAAUUGUAGAAGUGAGAUUGUCUCCUGAGAAAACUUUUAAUAUGUAAGGAGUCCCAUUUUGGCCAUGCAAUAGGUGAAAAAAAAAAAACAAGGACCCAAAUGUCGAUUUGGAGGAAACUCAAGAAUGUAUGGAACUUAUCUGAGCAUUGCUUUCAUUUAUUCAAGGUGGUUUUCUUUUUUUUGUUUUCGUUUUUUUUUUCGUUUGUUUUUUUUCCUUUUUUAUUUUUUUUCUUAAGAUUUAUUUUUAAAAAAAUAUUUUUGUGAACUUGGAUAUCCCAUGAUGGCACCUGCUUUUAGGGGAUAAAAAACAAACAAAACAAAAAAAAAAAUGGAAAAAAAAAUCCGUAGCUGUUUUUGAAAAUUGCCAUUUGUCAUGAGUUGCACCAUCCUGUAUGUUUACGUCGUUUGGAUUGGCUUCUUCAGGACAAACCCGAUUUUUAUCUUUUUUUUUUUUUUUUUUUGUGUACUGUACAAUAUUGUAAAAGGGAUUUUUAGCAGAGACUGUAGUCUUUGUGUGUGAGAGGAGAUUCAUUCAGUGCUGUUUACUUUCGGUGGAUGAUCCACCUUCAGAAUCUUGUUACUUUAUUUUUUCUUUCCUCCUUUUAACUCCAGUGUAUAGUAAACCAAACUAAAGACCUCAUACAGAAAGAGUAUUAUUAAAAAAAAGCACAAAAUGAACUAUAAAGUCCAGUUAGGGGGAUCUCCUUUCUUUAAAAAAAAAAAAAUCUAAAAAUUAAAAAAAAAAAAGAAAUUUCAUUCUAUGGAGAGCAAAUACAACCAUUUUUUGUUCCCUUUUAAGUUUCAUUCUAUGUUUAAUGUCCCCCCCCCCCCCUUUUUUUUUUUUUUUUAAAUCCUCUGCGCAAUGUGUGUUUUUUUUUUCCCCCCCGGGAGGGAGGUGUAAGGUAGGAGAGGCUGACGUCGUAUUUUUGCUAUCGCUUUUCCCAUGCUUUUGUCAAGAAGCCAGACUUCAUGCUGUUACAUACAUGGACAGUCAAGACAUUAUGCAGUAAACUCCAGUCAUCCUGUCUCUGAGCAAUCCUGAGUGAUUCAUGAUGUGGGAGUGGAAACCAGUUGUGGGAUUUAUAUAUAUUAUAUAUAUUUUUUUUCUCUUCUCUCUUUCUCUCCAUUUUGUGACGGUUAUUUUAUUUUAUUUUUUUCAUUUUUUUUUUCUCACUCUCCCUCUUGUCCCCUCUUACCCAGCGUUUAAACAUUCUGUGUAAUCUCCAUUAAAUUUGGUACAGAACCACUUGCCAGGGCUGUGGUGUCGGAAAAAUAAAAUAUAUUUCUUACAAA